AUGUCUCUGGGCUUGUGUUGUCUCCUCUUCAUCUCUGUGUCUGUGUGUUACUGGGUGCCAGCAGACUGCUAUGCCAAUGGCAAGGUCAGCAAAGUCUGUGGCAGCAUGGAGCCCCACCAUGGUGCCCCUGGUCAGACCACUGCCAGCCCUUACCACCUAGCAACCAACACAACCACGUUCAACCCUGGAGAUCACAUCAAAGUUGUUCUGUCUGGAACAUCAUACUUUGAGGGUUUCCUGCUUGAGGCCAGAGAUGCAGCCAAUCAGGGCUCUGUAUCCACCACUGGCACCUUCACCCUGACCAAUCCCAACAGGACACAGCUGCUCACAUGUAAUAAGCAACAGGUCGUGACUGUAGUCGCCCACUACAGUGUAUUUUGGGUGAAGCUGCCUGGACCAAUCAUUUAUCGCCAUGGUGUUACACCUCACCCAACUCCGCCCACCACUACAUCUCCUCCGAUACAGACGACCACACCCUCUAUCCUGCCGGGACCUUUCAAUUCUGAUGGCUGUGGCGAAUUAAAAUCCUGCCUAUUAGACCCUCCAGGAUGUGAUCCACAAGAUUCUCACUGCUUCUUUUUGUCCAUGACCACAGACAGACAAGACAAAAUGUCUGUGAUAUUCGAGCUGAGUGGCCCAGCGGAGGGAUAUGUUGCAUUUGCUUUGUCCUGGGACACAUGGAUGGGCAACGAUGAUGUGUAUAUGUGUGUAAAAGAUGGGGACAGAGUAUCAGUGAGUGCUGCCUUCGUUAGUGGACGAACACACCCUGACGACGAGACACAGUCUGGGAUCUCCUCAGUAUCAUGGCAGCUGGCAGAUGGAGUGAUCCAGUGCAGGUUCAGCAGGCCAGUCAAAAUGGCCGAUCAGGAACCAGGCCGCUAUGAUCUGGACCAAGAGUACUUUCUGUUUCUAACCAGUGGACAUGCUCAGUAUGGUAAAGUAAGGAAACAUAGUCAACAGCCAUUAGUCUCCAGCCACAGAAAACGUGUCACUGGCCCCCCUCAGGUCCUCACAGGUUCCCGAGGACCCAUCAUUAUGAAAAUGCAUGGUGCACUAAUGCUGUUAGCCUGGAUGCUAACCGGGAGUGUUGGUGUCUUCAUCGCCAGCUUCUACAAGUGUGACUGGCCAAAUCAAACUCUGCUUGGGCAGAAAGUCUGGUUCCAGCCAGUAAUGGCUGUGUUCAGACCACAACCUGACUCUCACAGGAGGUUCAUCUUUAAUUGGGCCCACUGGGGACUUGGAUAUGUGAUUGAGAGUGUGGCAGUGGCGGCCAUGUUCCUGGGUACAACUCUGGGGUCAGAUGACCAACAGGCCAUUCUUCCUGACCAAUCAGAGCCCAGCUGCAGGGUCCGGGACAACAACCAGGGUGUCACCUGGAACCCCAAACGACGGUCCGUCCACUGA